AUGCCAAAAGAUGACCCAGCUGAAGUUGUGGCCUGUGAAACUAAAAAGGGUAGAAAAAGAAUUAGAGCAAAAGCACCUUCUAGCUCACAUAAAAAGACUGCUUCUGCACAAACACCUACAUCAAUCCGCAAAUCCUCUU